AUGACAUCAUCGGCCCGUCCAAAAUAUUACAAUGAAUUGAGUUCACGUGAUUAUCAGCAUACAGCCAAAUUCAGUUUCUCUCGUCGCUUGAUCGCUUCGAGUUCCGGUCGUCCCAACGUGGUCCCCGUCUCGAUUUCAUCGUCCAUCGUCAUCUCAUCCAUCUCCAUAAUCUCGGGAUUCUCGACGAUGGCGAAGGUGUCAUCCCCGUCUUCUGGAUGCGUGAAGUUCACCCAUCCAUCCUCAUCAAUGUUCUCGUUUUGUGUUUGUGUGACUGAUGGCGCAUCUUCUGAAUCCUCAGUGGUGGUUGAGGUGAAAUUGAAGGCGUCGAAGAUUGCACGGAACAUGUUUUCGAGUGAUGAGGUUGGACAAGCUGAAAUAAAAAAUAAUUGA